UCUUAGUAAUUGGGAGAGGUCAGGAAGUGAUUCCUGGGUGUCCACAAUGGCAGCUCUGCUCAGCUCAACUCCUGACUUCCAGAAUGAUGAGAUCCUGAUGCCAUCUGCUCCAUAUUUCGGCCUCUGUGCAGAAGCACACCUAUGUUGUCAGCUGACCCAUGUAAUCCUGCUUGGGAAAAGCUGAAAAUCUGUCUCUGACUGUGAGCUCUGCAGGCUUACAUGUCAGUCAGUCUGUGACACUGGGCCUAGCUCUGUGAGCACACAACGGACCCAGAGUGGCUCUCACAAGUGUUUGCUGAAUGUGCCUCACAUUUCUCUUUCUAAGCGCUGCAAGAAGGCUGCUUCAAAUCUGCCAUUUGGAAAGCAUCAGUAACUCAGCAUUUUGCACAGGAUGUCGGAGAGCCCAGAAUAUAGGACACAACAUGGAGGAAGAGUGGCAGGCAAGGACACUUCUGCUGUACUUGGCUUCCUUCUCCACAACUUGUCUGAAGUCCUAGGAUACAGGUCAGCAGCAGCCACCAGACUGCUGGCUGCUGCCACCACAGCAGCCACUGCUGCCACCACUGCUGCCACCACAGCAGCCACUGCUGCCACCGCUACUGCCACAGCAGCCACUGCUGCCACCACUGCUGCCACAGCAGCCACUGCUGCCACCACUGCUACAGCAUCCAGAGCUGUGACGAUGGCGACGAAGAGAUCUGCGGGGCUUGUGGUGGCUCAGGCAGCAGCCACCACCCCCAGAGCUGCAGCAGCCUCCGGAGCUAGAGCCACAGCAGCCACCAGAGCUGGAGCCACAGCCACCAGAGCCCAGGCUGCAGCAGGAUGA